AUGUUUUCCCAAAAUAUGAUAAUUCGCGAUGGUGAAUAUACGAAAACAAUAUAUACCAUGAUCAAGGAGGAACGAUUUCAGGAUGCAAUUAACACGCUGAAUACUAUUCCGGAAUCGUCAACAACCCGUGCCGGUUUGUCGUUGCUGGGCCACUGUUACUACCAGAUGCAGGACUUUAUCGAGGCGGCCAAUUGCUACGAGCAUCUUAUCAAUCUCGUACCGGAUGUGCAGGAGUAUCGCCUGUACUACUCGCAAUCCCUCUUUCAGGCGGGUCUUUUUGACGAAGCGCAAAAAAUCAUUGCUACCGGGUUGGAUUCCCAUGAGCUGAAGGAAAAAGUCCUCCAGCUGCAGUCGGCCAUCGCUUACGGUAACGAGGAUUAUACGGCGGCACAGUCGCUGCUGCUCCAGCGCCAGGAUGGCAAUGGCCAGGAGGCGAGCACUAAGAAUGACGAAGGAUGUUUGCUGUAUCAGGCGAACAUGUACGAGGACGCACUCCAACGGUACGUGUCCGCACUGCAGGCCGGUGGGUUUAAUCCACACGUCGCUUACAAUGCGGCCCUGUGUCACUAUCGGCGCAAGGAAAACUCGCAAGCCCUGAACUACAUCGCCGAAAUUGUGGAACGUGGCAUACGGAAUCAUCCGGAGCUGGGUGUUGGAGCGCAGGCGGAAACUGAGGGCGGUGCGCGAAGCGUGGGAAAUCCCCCAGCUCUGGCCGCAUCCGGACUUGCCCAAGCCUUCAAUCUAAAGGCGGCCAUUGAAUAUCAAGAAGGAAACGUUGAAGGGGCCCGGGAAGCUUUAACCGAUCUACCCCCACGGUCCGAGCCGGAACUCGAUCCGGUAACGUUGCAUAACAUGGCACUAACAGAUCCCACCGGCGGUGGUGCCGGUUUGCGUCGGUUGGCUUUCCUGCUCGAGCUUGGCCCUCCAACCUGUCCGCCGGAAACGUUUGCAAACCUGUUGCUGCUUUGCUGCAAGCACGAAAUGUACGACACGGCGGCCGACAUCUUGGCGGAACAUACGCACCUCACGUACAAGUACCUGUCACCGUAUCUGUACGAUCUGCUGGACGCAUUGAUUACGGCCCAGUCAACGCCCGAAGAAGCGGAACAGAAGCUCGGAACGCUUGCCAGCAGCAUCGGUGGCCGACUGCGUGCCCUGGCGGCCAAGGUACAGGAAUGUCGAUCGGCAACCGAUCAGAAUGCCCUCCGGAUGGCUUUGCGCGAGUACGAGGGAGCGCUCGAAAGUUACCUUCCCGUGGCAAUGGCCCGUGCCUGGAUUCCCUGGCGCAUGGAUGAUUUUCAGGGCGCCGAACGCGAAUUUCGUGCCAGUGCCGAAUUCUGCUCGGAGACGCCCUCUUGGCGAUUGCACGCGGCGCAUGUGCUUUUUAUGCGCGGUGACCGAUACAAGGAGGCGGCUGCAUUCUAUGAACCGAUCGUGCGUCAAAACUACGACGACAUCCUGUCGAUCCCGGCAUCCGUGCUGGCGAACCUGUGCGUUGCGUACAUCAUGACCUCACAGAACGAGGAAGCGGAAGAGCUGAUGCGCAAGGUGGAGCGGGCCGAGGAACGGAAGGGUAAUGCAACGGGUCAGUGUUUGCAUCUGUGCAUCGUUAAUCUCGUCAUUGGAACAUUGUACUGUGCGAAGAACAAUUACGAGUUUGGACUGUCACGGAUCGCGCACGCACUGGACGGAGGUUCCGGUGCACGGCUGUGUGCCGAUACGUGGAUUCACGUGAAGCGGUGCGUUUUGGGACUACUGACCGGGAUGGCCAAACAGACGAUCGUACUACCAUCGAUCGCGUUACAGGAAACGCUGAAUUUCUUGCGCGCCUGCGAAGCGUACGGCAUAACCAUACCGUCCGUACUGACCGGGCCGCUGGAGGAUUCGGGUGAACAGCCACCGACCAUCGGACUGGAAGCGCGAAAAUUGCGAGCCCUGCUGCUGCGCCUGAUGGAGUACAAGUGA